AUGUCGCAGAGUGUGAGGUCCGAUCGCGGCUCUAGUCGCAGGUCAAGUACGACUUCGGACUUCUCCGAAUCCGACUUCAAGCGGCUGGAAGAGCUGCGGGAAAUCGGUAAGUCAGCGAAAAGAGAAGCGCGGGAUUUGGAUAUUGAAUCGAUGCCCGACUCGAUGAUGUCCAGCGCUUCUACUGCUCUGACAAAGGCGGAAAGAAAGAGGCAGCUAGCGAUCGCAAAGACGCAUAAACUCAUUUUGACGAAGAAGCCUCGUGAGAUUUUGAAAGAAGAAGAGUACUUGUCCGACAUGGACAAGCUGAUUACAAGAGAUUUCUUCCCCCAUUACGAUCACGUAAAAGACCAGCACGAUUAUCUGAUAGCUGAAGAGGAGGGCGAUGUGGAAGCGAUGCGCGAAAUUCAAAUGAAGCAUAAGAAGCGACAGGCGGAAAGGCCGACUACUGGCGCUUGGACUGUCGGUGGAACUCCUUUUCUUGAGGGUACUCCGGCACCAGAUGAUCGCUCGCCUGAUCGCGAAAAAGACGACGAAAAUGACUCAGACGAGGAGCAAGAGAAAGAAAAAGCUCCAACUAAGAAAAAAUCGCGAACAGAAAACAUCUCCCUCGACAGAUACUGCACCAAGUUCACAUCUGAAGACAACGACUCAUUUCAAAAAGUUCACAAAUUCACAGAAGACAAGAAAAAAGAGCAAUAUGCGUUUUUAUAUGCUGCGCAGGAGCAAGGAGACAUGAUGUGUGAAGACAAGGAUGCCAAUAAACUUAUGGCGCCCGAAAAGAUUCUCGCGAUUGAAGACGCCCGUGAACCUGGGAAGCAGAAGAAAGCUGGCGUUGGGAACUGGAAGUACACUAACAAGAAUUCUCUUUUCUACGGCGCUGAACUCGAGGCACAGAAAGAAUACAUCUUCAAGAAACCUCCUCAGCCCCGAGAAAUCGUCCACGAAAAUACAAGAUUCAAGAAAGACCCUUUCCUCCGUCCUGUUGCUCCUGAUCGUGUUGCUACUCUUGUUCACAAUAGAAUCAAAAAUACGCUUAAAGAUGAUGGAAAAGUCGGCAUUGACGGAAAACCAAUUACACCUGGUCGUUAUGGGUUUUCUUUUGGCCACGCCAAGUCAAUGCCCGGCGUGGAAGACUCGCCGUUCAUGACUUGGGGUCAACUUGAAGCUACUCCUCAGAGAGCUAUGACGCCAGGAGGUGCUUCAACGUCAGAUUCAAAAGCUCCAGGCGUCAGUACCAUCGCAUCAAAUGCACCUUCUUUCCGCAUGGACUCAAGUCCUACUGGAAUCAACCUUCUUACCGAAGAAUGUACUGUUAAAUAUCUCGAUGAGUUUGACAUCCUCGACCAAGAUUGCUUCAAAGCAACUCUGGCUAAAGGACUAGGACUUGCUAUCAUUGCUGGAAGCAUUCUCGUCAAGGUCCCACAAAUUCUGAGCAUCAUCGGAGCUAAAUCUGCAGCUGGCCUCUCUCUUUUCUCUGUUUUGUUGGAACUCUUCCCAUGUGCUACCCUCAUCGGUUACGGACUUGCCUCUGGCUUCCCUUUUUCAUCAUGGGGUGAGUCUUUCUUCAUGGCCGUUCAAACGAUGAUCAUUGCGUUCCUUAUCUGUGACUACACUGGACGAAGAGGUCUUGGGCUCAUGCUCAAUCUUGCUUACGCUGGCUUUGUUUACGUACUUAUUUCUGGCAUGGUCACUGUCGAGCAGCUUCAGGUUCUUCAGCUUUGCAAUCUUCCAGUUACAGUUAUCUCCAGACUUAUCCAGGUCGUUACAAAUUUCAAAAAUGGCCACUGCGGAACCCUUUCCGGAGUUACUUGUGGCAUGCUCUUUGCUGGAGGCCUCGCUAGAGUUUUCACCUCCUUCCAGGAAACUGGCGAUAUGGUGAUGAUAAUGAACUUUUCUGCCUCCACUUUCAUGUCAUUCCUCUUAUGCUUGCAACUUGUUAUUUACAAAGAUGCCAAGCCUGCUGGAAAGAAGGAAUAA